AAAAGGUUUUCGACUUUAGCUUUUUUGGCGCAAGGGUUAAGACUGCUGCGUUUUUUCUCUCCAACUGUAUCCUAUAGACAAAACUCGUCACAUAAGGCGCAAAUUUUCUUUUUGCAGCCGAUUAAUCAAGUGAUCUUGAAUUGAGUUUCUCUCUUCUUGAGCGGGAGGAGCGAAAAUGUCAUCUCUUGCUGCUGCCAGAGCAGACAAUUUUUACUAUCCACCAGAAUGGACUCCAGAACAGGGAUCACUAAACAAGUUUCAUGGACAGCAUGCCUUGAGGGAGAGAGCAAGAAAACUAGAUCAGGGCAUUUUGAUCAUAAGAUUUGAGAUGCCUUUCAACAUCUGGUGUGGUGGUUGCCAGUCAAUGAUUGCAAAGGGUGUUCGGUUCAAUGCUGAAAAGAAGCAAGUUGGAAAUUAUUAUUCCACAAAGAUAUGGAACUUUGCAAUGAAGGCAGCAUGCUGCAAACAGGAAAUAGUAAUCCAAACUGAUCCAAAGAAUUGUGAGUAUGUUAUAAUUAGUGGAGCUGAACGAAAAACUGAAGACUAUGAUGUGGAAGAUGCUGAAACUCUUGCUCUUCCUGGAGAAGAAGAGAGGGGGAAACUGGAAGACCCCUUUUAUCGUCUAGAGCAUCAUGGAGAAGAUCUUCAAAAAGGAAAGGAAGCUGAGCCUCUUUUAGUACGCCUCCAGCGUGCUGCUGAUCUUAAGCAUGGUGAUGAUUAUUCUCGGAACAAAGCCCUUAGAGCUCAAAUUAGAAAUCAAAAGAAGCGUGUUGCUGAAGAAACUGCUCAUGCAAGGAAAAGAGGACUAGGCGUAAGAUUGCUUCCAGAGUCCAAGCAAGAUGCAGAUAUGGCUGCAAAUAUAAGAUUUGCCCCAAAAUUUGAUGUGAAUCGGAAGAACAAGAGGGCUGCUAUUUAUUCGUCUUCAAUAUUCUCCAAUUCCUCUGCAUCAAAGGCCACAGACAAGCGACUUGAUCUUAUUGCAAAGAGGAGAAAAAUUGAUGCAGUAGGGGCUCAUUCUUCUCUCUGUGGAAAGUUUAAGCCAUCUUCAGUGUCUCAAACAACUUCUGGUUCUCUUUCUGGUCCAAGGGGGUCUUUAGUAGUAGUAAAGCGCAGAUGAUUGGAUGGGCAUAGAUAGCAUUGUCUUAAGUAUAAAGAAUCCCUUUAGAUGUAAUGUGAAUGUGAAUGUCAUAGUUAUUGAGAGGCUGUCUCAAGCAAGUGUGAAUGUAGUGUGAUCCUUAUUGUGUUCAUAUUUAGCAAGUUCAUCAUUUCAUUCUAACUUUUAAAAAAUGUCAAUUUCAAUUGAGGCUUCCAGAUACCAGAAGAAGUUUCAUUGACUCAAGUUUUUGUUUUGCUUUAGGGUAUUGUUACUAAGAGGUGACCAUUGAUUUUCUACUACAACGGUAGAUGCCACUUCUUACCUCUUCAGAUAUCUGUAUUUCAGUCCUUGUAAUUUAACAACCUUGGUUUGGCAUAGAAGCAGUUGAAGUAGAGCUUAUUGACUC